GGAAGGUUGCAGUUUUGAGUUUCGAUUUCUGGAUUGAAGUUUAAAAAGCAAUAGUGUCUGGGUGCUGGAGACUUGUCUUGAACAACAGCAGAAGCAACUGUCUGAAGCCCUUGCAAAGGCUCAUCCCCCACAGAUCACCAGUGCCUGCUCACAUGGACCUGUACGACUAUCAGUGGGAGGUGAUCAUGCCUGCCCUGGAGGGCCAGAACAUCAUCAUCUGGCUGCCCACAGGUGCGGGGAAAACCCGAGCAGCUGUAUACGUCUGCAAAAGGCACCUGGAGACCAGGGCUCGGGCUAAGGUGGCCGUGCUUGUGAACAAGGUGCAUCUGGUGGAUCAGCACUUCAGCAAGGAAUUUGGGGUGCUCAGGAGCUCCUUCCAGGUCACCCCCAUCAGUGGCGACAGUGACCAGAAAUUUAUCUUCUCCCACGUGGUGAAGAACAGCCACGUCGUGAUCUGCACGGCACAGAUCCUGCACAACGCCCUGUCCAGCUCGGAGGAGGAGAUGCACGUGGAGCUGACAGACUUCUCCCUGCUGGUGAUUGACGAGUGCCACCAUACCCACAAAGAGUCUGUCUACAACAAGAUCAUGCAGGAUUACCUCCAGCGCAAGCUCAGUGGGCAGCAGAACCUGCCGCAGAUCCUGGGCCUCACUGCCUCACCUGGCACAGGAGGGGCCUUAUCCUUCAAGGGGGCCAAAGACCACAUUUUGCAGAUCUGUGCCAACCUGGACACUGCUAAGAUUAUGUCAUCCCAGAAACACCACUCACAUCUGGAGGCUCGCGUCCCACAGCCCAAGAAGCAGUAUGACAUACCCCAUGAGAGAUCCCAGGACCCCUUUGGCAGGAAGCUGAAGGAGCUGAUGGCCCAGAUCCACCAGAAGCUGAAUGUUCCCAGUGUGUCUCAGGACUUUGGCACCCAGAUCUAUGAGCAGCAAGUUGUCCUGCUGGAGAAGACAGGGGCUGAGUCAUUUUGUCGUAAGACAAGACUGUGUGCCAUGCACCUGCGGAAGUACAAUGAUGCCCUGCUGAUCAAUGACACCGUGCGCAUGGUCGACGCUGUCAACUACCUGGAUGAAUUCUACCAACAGGAAAAGGCGAUGAAGUUUCUGCCAGAUGUAAUUUGGCACUUCCUCAUGACCUUGUUUGAUGAGAACAAGAGCACCCUCUUGGCAUUGGCCAGAAACCUGGAGUAUGAGAACCCCAAGCUAAGCAAGCUGGAGAAGAUCCUGCAGGACCAGUUCCAGGCCUUGGACAGCUCCCGUGGCAUCAUCUUCACCAAGACCCGCCAGAGUGCCCAUGCCCUGCACAAGUGGAUCCAGGGAAUGCCGUCGCUCACACAGCUGGGGAUUAAGGCUGCUGUCCUGACUGGGGCUGGUUACAGCAAUCAAACCAAGCACAUGACACAGAAUGAGCAGAUGGAUGUGAUCAAGAAUUUCCGCAAGGGAGACAUCAACCUUCUCUUCUCAACCAGCGUGGCUGAGGAGGGCCUGGAUAUCCCCGAAUGCAAUGUUGUGGUUCGCUACGGGCUGAUGACCAAUGAGAUCGCCAUGAUGCAGGCCAGGGGUCGUGCCCGAGCUGAGAACAGCACUUACUCUGUCUUGGCUAAAGCCAACAGUAAAGAGGUCUCCCGGGAGCAGCUCAAUGAGACACUAGAAGAGCUCAUGACCCGAGCCAUCAAGGAGGUGCAGGCCAUGCCUGAGCAGGAGUACCAGCACCAGAUCGGGGAGCUGCAGAAAGCAGCCAUCAUUAGCCAGAUCAUGAAGGUGGACCGUGUUCAGAAGCAGCAGCUGCAUGACCCAGACACUGUCCGCUUCUACUGCCUCCAUUGCAACGAAGCCGUGUGCCAUGGCAGUGACUUGCGCGUCGUGGAGAAGAUGCACCGUGUCAACAUCAACCCAUACUUCAAGCAUUACUACAGGGCAUCAAACAACCCGGUGGAGAUUCCCCGGACCUUCAAGGACUGGAAGCCAGGGAGCAUCAUCAGCUGUAGGAAAUGUGGCCAGGUGUGGGGCAUGGAGAUGAUUUUCCGGAGCGUAAAGCUGCCUAACCUCUCCAUUGAAAACUUUGUGGUGGAGACGCCAGACAUGAGGAAAAAAUACAAGAAAUGGAGCAAGGUCACUUUUGCUAUAAAGGACUUUGACUAUGUGGAAUAUUGCCAAAGCCUGGAUGACUAAUUUCCAAGGGGCUCAGGGGACUGACUGUUCCAGCCUCCACCACCCUCCAGUGGUGAUAAGGCAGCCUAGACCAGCCCUUGGGAUGGCAGCAGGGAGCAUGUCUUCUGGCCUUGGACUGCAGAAACCAGCAUUUUGUACCACUGAAGUACCUUAAUCCUCCCCUUUCCAUCUCUGGCCUACUCUGUCCUCUACAGGCUGAGCACUACCCAGGCAGCUGCCAGAGACAGACUGCUGGAAGGGUAGGGGCUCCUUAAAUGUGAGCACUCAUGUGCUCUCACCCUCUGUGAGGCUCCAGUCCUGCAGAUGACUUUGCGCUGUUGGGCUUCCCUAGCACCCACACAGAUAUUGCCUCCAUUGAAGACCAGGCUUAGCCCAAGACAGUGACAUUCCAACAUCUGUCACUAUCUCCUAGUGAAGAUAGCUUUGUGGGAAGAGAUUUGUGUUGGCCAGCCAGCAACUCACUGUAAAAUGUCACCUACCUUCCACAAGAUCUUAUCAUCCUCAGCUUCCCCACCAUACUCAUUGCUGAGGAGGGACCCAGUCUUGUGGCCAGAGCACAGCACAGGUACUCAGGACUGCUGGGACCUAUGCCCAGUUCACCCACUGGGUCACUGUGACCUCACAGCACUCAUUCCCUCUUUGCCUCAGUUUCCCCCCCACAUCAAAUGAGAAGAACUACCCACUGUGGGUCAAGUAGGAGGUUAAAUUUGCUUGCAGAAAGGCUUUCUGUCUCUCUCCCACCAUAACCCUCCCCUGGAUCUCCCCACACAUGGUCCCUGCUCACAGUGACUCUGUGCCAUGCACACAAGCAACCUUUUUCUUCUAUUCAGCCAGUGACAGUUGCAGCAGCAUGGAACCAGCUCACAAAACCGUCAUCCCCUCUGCUCUCCACAGCACCAGCCAGCAUGGCAGCCUAUGCCAAGCCAUGGGAGAGAAGCCAAGGUUUGCAUAAUUUCAUACGAAUUGUGUUUCCCUUCUGCCUGGGACUUCUUCUCUAGCAUCAGCUUCACUGCUGUUAAUUGAGAAACAAUAAAAAUUCUGCUUGAGCU